AUGGGCUGCAAUACAAGUCAGGAGCUGAAGACCAAAGAUGGCAGUGCCAUCGAUGCUGUCAACGGGGAUGUGGAGGCGAGUGCACCGUCGCUGGAGUGCUCGGCAGAUGCGUUGGGCAGCAAUCAUGCAAAUCACGCCAAAUCAAAUUCAAUUAUUUCGAAUGGAGAUGCUAAGUCGGCUGCCAAAGCGACGCUCAAUGGGAGCGGCGGGGGAGUAUCAGCAGCGGCUUCGGCAUCGUCCACAGGAGCAGAAACAAAUGGAGCGGAGCGUUCGUGCGAUAAGGCGGAAAUAACGGAAUUCAACGACGCCGAGGUGGAGGACGAAGUACCCACUCAAUACUAA